CACCUUCCCGAAGGCUUUCACUGUACUCGUUUUUUGGAUUUUUAAUCGAGGGUUUCGCUUUCUGAUUUUAAUAGCGAUUUUGGGUUAAGGAAAGUUCACGAUUUUCCGAUUCCGAUGUGACAAAGGAGGAGAAUCUGUGAAUUAGGGUUUCCUCUGUUUGUUCUGUACUUGUAAUUGAUGCUAUGUUGCUAUAUAACUCUGUUUCAUGUUUCAUCCAAUCAAAUUUUCAUAAGUUCCUUUUCCGAAACCAUGUGAGCUCAUAAAAAAUUUGUGGUGCUUCCUUCACAGAUCGUCUAUUUGCUUAGAAUCUACUAUGUGUCUCUUGUGGCGAUUUGUUCUUUUUGGUACCACUUGGAUUUUAUUUCCAACUAAUUACAGAUGCGACAUUUCAGCUACAAAAUCACCAACAUUGGCUCUUUUUCCUUAAUGCUCGGCUCAAAAGGUACAUUCUUUGUGGAAAAGUCAACACCUUCAUGACCCAUGUGUUGUUAAUGCUAAUGUCAUCCUCUCUGUCCAUGGCAACUUGAUGAGUGAAGUUAAGUGCGCCAUUAAAGUGACAACACACUCACAGGUAUGCAUUACAUAAUUGACACUCCUACUUGCUCUCGAGUUUCCAAAGUGUUUGAAAAUGAAACAGAAUAAUCUUUUGUCAAUCUUCUGGUUUGUUCUUGUAAGCUUUGUCGUUGUUGUUUCUGCACAAACAUGCGUGAAUAGUGGGUUUUUCAGACCCAAUAGUACUUAUGACACGAAUCGUGGCCUUGUCCUCUCUUCGGUUGCUUCAAAUGUCAGGGCUCGAAACGGCUUCUACACUGCUUCGAUUGGCCAAGGACUUGACCGAGUCUAUGGAGUGGGGAUGUGUAUCCCAGGUGCUGAACCGGAGCUGUGCUCAGAUUGUAUCCAGGAGGCUUCUGCCGGGUUAUUACAGAGCUGUCCUAACCAGACAGAAGCCUUUACGUGGUCUGGUGGAGGUAAAACUCUUUGUAUGGUACGUUACUCAAACAGAUCAUUAUCUGGGUCACUCGAUCUAGACCCUCCUUCUUUAGGGUACAAUACUGGGGAUAUCAUAUCUAUAUCUAAUCAAACAGAGUUUGAUAAGACAUGGGAAGAAUUGACGCGUAGAAUGAUAGUCGAGGCUUCGACAGGCAAAGACAAAUCGUUGUCUGAUCGUAAGUACUAUGCAGCCAACAUAGCGCCCUUGGCAGCUUUCCAGAAUAUAUACGCAUUAAUGCAAUGUACACCGGAUUUAUCUUCGGGAAACUGUAAAACCUGUCUACGAAAAAGUGUUGAUGACUAUGAAAGCUGCUGCCAUGGGAAGCAAGGUGGCUAUGUCUUUAGGCUAAGCUGUAUUUUCCGGUGGGAUCUGUAUCUAUUUAAUGGGGCUUUCGACAAUAUUACGUCGACGGUGCCACCGUCAUCUCCUCCAGCUUCUCCACCGUCAUCUCCUCCAGCUUCUCCACCGUCAUCUUUGAAAUCCAUCACAACCAUCAUAGACCAGAAAGAGAGUAAAACAAUCUCAAAAGGAAUCGUCGUAGCAAUUGUUGUUAUGGCUGUUAUUGUCUUCUUGGUAGUGGCUGCUCUAGGAUUUGCUGUUUGCAGGAGGAGGAAGUCAUACCAAUCACUUGAUCGCCAGUCUGGCAUUGAUAUUACGACUACGCACUCCCUACAAUAUGAUUUUAAGACAAUCGAAGCUGCAACAGAUAAGUUUUCAGAGAGCAACAAGAUCGGUCAGGGUGGAUUUGGAGAAGUUUUCAAGGGUGUGCUUCCAGACAAAACAGAAGUCGCUGUAAAAAGGCUGUCAAAAACAUCGAGUCAGGGCGACCGAGAGUUCAAGAACGAAGCUGUUCUGGUGGCAAAGCUUCAGCACAGAAAUCUGGUUAGGCUUCUUGGAUUUUGUUUAGAAGGAGCAGAGAAGAUACUCGUCUAUGAGUUUGUGCCCAACAAAAGCCUUGACUACUUCCUUUUUGACCCUUCAAAACAAGCCCAGGUGGACUGGACAACACGGUACAAUAUCAUUGGUGGGAUUGCUCGAGGAAUACUCUAUCUUCAUCAAGAUUCAAGGCUCACAAUCAUACACCGUGACCUCAAAGCGAGUAACAUUCUCUUAGAUGCUGAUAUGAACCCAAAAGUUGCCGACUUUGGAAUUGCAAGGAUUUUUGGGAUGGACGAAACUCAAGCUGAAACAAGCAGAAUAGUUGGAACCUAUGGUUACAUGUCUCCAGAAUAUGCAAUGAAGGGUCAUUUCUCUGUGAAGUCUGAUGUAUACAGCUUUGGAGUCUUAGUUCUUGAGAUUAUAACUGGUAAGAGGAACAGUAGCUUGGACCAGUCAGACGGCAAUGCUAGCAACUUGGUCACAUAUGCCUGGAGGCUUUGGAGAGAGUGUUCACCAUUAGAGCUCGUGGAUCCGGCAAUUGUAGGGAACUAUCAUAGCAAUGAAGCUACAAGAUGCAUCCAUAUUGCGCUGUUAUGUGUUCAACAAGAUCCCGCAGAUCGUCCAACAUUGGCUUCAAUCAUCUUGAUGCUCUCUAGUAACACAAUUUCUCUACCAGUGCCUAGACAACCUGGAUUCCUCUUCCAGAGUAUACUCGAUCAAGACUUUGUAGCCGAGGGAUUAGAAUCAAGUCAAUCUACAGGAAGAUCUCUUCGUUAUUCUGUUAAUGAUGUGUCGAUUACUGAUUUAGAGCCUCGUUGAAGAUGGAAGUAUCCUAUAAGUGUGGUUUGAGUGAUGCAUCUACAUUGUUAUCUAAGUCUUGUAUCUUCAUUUGAGUUUUCUCUGUUUCUACUGUAUCUUCUUCCUAUUUUUGUGUGACUUGGAUAUGCCUGUAAGUUUUCUGUGCCACUACACUUUUGCUGAAUCUAGUAAACCGGGUAUUAUAAACCAAAAGCUAUUAACUGAUGCUCUUUCUCUCA